CUGACGUUUGCUUUGCCCAGUUGAACAUGAUUAGGAGGUGCAAUCUUUCAGGUUAUUAACUAUAGGUAUCUAGGUAGGUAGGAGAGAUAGAUGAUAUAGAUAAGGUUGAGAGAACAGAAGAAGUUAGAUAGGUUUCAUAGAAAGGAGAAAAGAGCGGUGAUCCGGAGUAAGUUGUAGUUGUAUGUAGUAUGGAGUUAAAGAAGUUCUUAAUUAGUGGGAAGUAGCGUAGUAGCUCAAAGCUCUCGACGUUUUUGGCGGGGUCCUCGAAUCACGUUUCAAUAUCCUUAUUUCGUACCCUGGUAUCUCGGCACCUGAUAAACCUUAUGGAAACCGGGAAGGCUCGGAGUGGGCAGCUGAGUGGGCUGGUGCGCAGGGUGUGGCAGGUGAGGUGACAUUAUGUGGCGCACGAGUCGCAUUGGGAUUGUGGCUGGUGCGAUUUUUCUCGACUUUCUGCAAAAUUUGGGGAUAUUCAAGAUUUGAUAUCCAGAUCUCCAGAUUUCGAGUCGACGACCAACUCGCCUGUCCCCUUCACUGACCGCGCGCAAUUGCUACAAUAUGUCUAAGGCUCGCUCAGCUGCAGCUGGCGCUGACCAAAUAGUGAAGCUUAUCGUGGAAGCGGGUAAAGCUUCUCCAAGUCCUCCUGUUGGUCCCGCACUUGGAAGUAAAGGUGUGAAGUCUAUGGAUUUCUGUAAGGAAUUCAAUGCGCGGACAGCACAUAUACUCCCAGGAACGCCCAUGCCAACCCGAGUAACCGUACGAGCAGACCGAUCAUUUCACUUCGAUGUUCGGACACCGCAAGCCUCUUGGCUCCUCAAGAACGCGGCAGAUUUACCUAUAGGCAAGAAGGGAAAGAAGAAGGCAGCAAGCAGGCCCGGCCACGAAACAGUAGGCACCGUCACCUUAAAACAUGUCUACGAAAUAGCGAAGAUAAAGCAAUCCGAGUUGCGACUCUCUGGCCUUCCUCUACGAAGUCUUUGCAAGUUGGUCAUCACCCAGGCCAAAUCAAUGGGAAUUGCCGUCGUUGCGUAGACGUCGGGCGAAGGUGGUUCGGUCGUCUUCUGCAUUACCUGGGCGUUGGCGCGAUUGGCAUCCAUGGAUAGGGUUGCUUGUCCACUUCGGAGCUCCCUCUAUGCAUGAAUAGGCAUAAACAUGUAUUACCACACCUGUACGAUUUACGAAUCAAACAGAGUCACCUCAACAAGCCAUGCGUUGAGGCUUCUUAUGCAGUGGAAAUACUGGGAACUGGGUGGAUUUGAAGAUAACCGAAG